CCAGCAGCAAUGGCCGAGUUGAGCAAGUACUUCUACGAUGUUACCGCCGGGAAGACCUGCCGUGACCUCUGCCAUCCGGAGUAUGCCUCCUGUUGGACGUCGUUCGUCGAAAAUGCCUGCCGUCUGCUGCCCGGCAGCUACAAGCUCUAUUUCCCCUUGUUGGCGAUUCCUCCCCUGGUGAAAGGCGGUGGCUACACCCGACAGUACUGGCGAGAUCACGUGCUGAGCUACAGUGAGAUUUCGUACAAAACGUACCUCAUUGCGAUCAUCGGAUUGACGCUGCAGUGUUGGUUCUAUAAAAUUUUCGGUCACCACAAGUUCUACUGGGUAAUGGGAGCUACCGGGUUCAUCAGUGCUGCACUGAUAUCACCGUUCCUGUCUCGGCCUCAUCUGCGACUGCAGGGAAUCACCUACUUCAAUAUGAUGUUGGAGGUCGUGCUGAAGAAGAGCAAGUUUCGGUUCGUGGAAGUGCUGCGGGAGUCGAAAGUGUUUGGGACUCUGUUGUUUAUGAUCUUCAAUACGAGGAUCAUGGAGAUAUUGCAGCACGGAGCGGUAAAUCAGUUCUGGAUCAUGUACCCGGUGAAAGUCAAGGAGGUGGCUUUAGAUUCGGUGGAGGACAGCCGAGUCAUGGGGCGAAUCUAUCCUUGCGGGCACAAGGCGUGCUCACACGAGCGGUCGUGUGAUGCGUACUUAUUGGAUGGUAUCCUUAAGUACUCCUUCGUCGGUUUUACCAUCGAAUUCGCGCGGGCAGUGAUCGCCAAGUUUCCCCUGCUCUACAAACGUCCCGGUGAUUUCAUGCCCGGAUUGGGUCGGAUCUUGAGCUUCAAACUGAUGCUCUUUUUAGCGGCAUACAUUGCCAUCUACCGGGCAACGGGGUGUCUUCUGUGUCGCCACUACGGCCACGAUCGCCCCGUCAACAACCGGAUCGCUGCCUUCCUGUGCGGAACGUCCUACUACAUCUACCCCAAGUACCAGGUGUUUACGUUGGCAUUUACCAAGUUUGUUGAGAUGUCCUGGGAUCACCUGUUCAAAACGGCUAAGGAUUUACCGACGUGGGCAUUCCGGUUGAAUCGCGUUCCCUUUCUCCACAUAGCAUACAUGAUUGGCGUCGGGUACAUGUACCACUCACUCCUGUUCCACUCGCACCUAUCGCCACCGUUCAACAACAAAGCCCUGAACUACUGCUCCGGCAAUCGGAUCGAAAAUAUGAAGCGACGUCUGGUCAGCUGGAUGCUCGAGCUCGAGUGGAAACGGGCUUGAAUAUUUAUGAAUCGAAAGGGAGUGGAGAAAAUUUGAAUAUUUUGUACUAAAAUAGUAAUAAAUUGGGGAAAACCAA